AUGCAACCCAAGCCUGAGAAGCAAUUCGACCCCACGCGUCGCAAGUCCUCGUCCGCCACUCAAGCGGCAUAUCGGAAGAGCUCGAUUGCUCAUCCUGAUCCGAUGCACCACAGGUCUUCCACAGCUCUGCCCGCCCCGUCGGCACUCCGCAAGCCCUCUACAGCGACCAACGUAGACGGCGUGAUUAGUCCAGACUCCAUGUUAAGCCCGAGCGCACUCUCCCCCCAGAGCAUGUCUGGCUUCGGCGGUUUGCCGAAGACGGGUGAAGAUCGCGGUCUAUACUCCAGCUCCUCGUUCUGCAGGGAAAGAGAGAAGCCGUGGUAUCGAAGGCAUCUCACCCUUCUUGUGAUGCUGACAGCCCUUAUACUGGCCGUGGCCUGCCUGACGCUGUUCCUCCUGCUGACAAACAAGGCUGAGGCGGCCGCCUCAACUCCUCCGUCGCAAUACGCGUGCGCCGAAGAAUACCGGAACGUCGCAUUGAAGUCGCUUGGCGUGUCCGUUCGCGGGCGUUCAACUUACAGGGGGGCGGUGCACACGUUCUUUGGCAUCCCGUAUGGUGGCGACACAAGCGGCGACAACCGCUUCCGGCUGCCCAAGAACGAGACAAAUCUCGUUGGUGCGCACACGGUCUUCAACGCUUACCAACAUGGACCACGGUGUCCGCAAGACGUUGGCACGUUGCAGAAUUCUAGCGAGGACUGCCUCACCCUUUCAAUCUGGGCUCCAGUCCAGUGCAACCCGGCUGCGACUGGCUUUGUUGUUCUUGUGGUGCUCUCCUCUGACUGGUUUCAGAGAGGUCAUGUGAAAGACAACGAAGCCACGUGGGAAACACUGGCGGUGUCCGGCCGCUUGAUCGUUGUCUUCAUCCACCACCGACUGGGAGUGCUUGGGUUCUUGGACGCCGGAACCAAGGACAGCCCUGGAAACCAAGGCAUCGAGGACGCAUUUCUUGCCCUGGACUGGAUCAGCGACAACAUCGGUGCGUUCAACGGAGACCCAGGCUCUAUGGUCGGCCUCGGCCACGGUUCCGGCUCAUACAUUGCGUCUCUGGACUUGUACGCGGCGACAUUUCACAGGAAACGCUUCUUUAAGCGCCUCAUUCUUCUUGGCCUCUCACCGGCAUCCCUGCUGCCUCCUGGUGGACCGGCUUCAUUCGGUCUGCUUGCGCAGGGGCUGCAAUGCCACAAGGGCAAUGAUGUCGGCGCGAGCAUCACCUGUCUUAGGGACGUUCCGCUGGGGAAAAUGUACGCGGAGACUGCCAAGAAGGCUCCCCUCACGUUCAUGCCAAGUUGCGGCAAGCGUCCCGUCGGGGAUUGCAAGGACGCGUUCUUGGAACUUCCGCCUGUCUUUCUCCAGAAGGAAAUGCUCUACGGGUAUGACAAGGAGGAAGGACAUAAGCUCCUCGACCAGAUCCUGCUGCAGGAGCUGCCCGCUUCGAAAGACCCCCCGACAGUGUUUGGCCUGCUGCAGAAAUUUUUCACCCGACAGGAACCGAGGUACACGUUCGGUAGCCUGUCACCCGAUACCCAGGAGGUACUCAACCAAUCUGACCUGCAGGGAUUCAGGAACCUGGUUGUCGAUAUGGUUCUUCGAUGCCCUCUUCUGAGACUUGCCCGCACAGCAGUUCUACAAGGCUCGAAGGUCUACCUCUACGCAUCGGAUGGGCCAGACAUUGUUUUCGAGCCAGCACUUUCAAGGACGGACAUCAUAAAUUUUGCGAAAACCGGGGCAGUCAGCUGGGCGCCCUUUUCCGACCAUUCCCGUGUUCUGGUGGUGACCAGCUCGUCAAACACAGUCAUGGAAUGGGGCGAAGAAAUGUGCACGCUUGCGAACAACUUUUCGCGCACGAUAUUUAGCUUAUGACACUGCGCGCGUUGCCAAACGUGAACUACGCUGCGCAUUGACUCGAGUUCGAACAAAGCCACGCAGAAGAGUAAUUUGCUUUCAUUUGCAUCCUAUUCAUUUAUAUAUUGCUAGAAUAAUAUAUGCUGAUCAAUAACACACCCUUGUGAAGUAAUUGUGGACAUUUGUACUUGGUGAGGACCUAUCGCCGCACUUUCUGUGAAAUAAUUAGUUAAUCAUGCAAAAGCGACGCCACCUUUGGUCUCUGGUCUUAUUGUUAUUUUGGUGUUAACGUUAAUUUUAGGAUUCUAAAAUCAUUGUGUGUUUUUAGUAUGUAAAGGUCUACCGCAAUACCAUUGCUGAUUCCAACUACUGAUAAUGAAUGCGCGCACGAAAAAUUGUUUUCUGCACGGCAAAGUUCUGCCAUCGUGAACCUCCAUGCCCGCAACAGACGCAUGCGAUGAAUUAUUGUAGUUUGCAAUAGUAACCUUUAAUGCUGACGACACAUGAAUCAAGACGCUGGAGGAC